AUGGCCGUCUGCUCGCUGAGAAAAAUUGCUGCCUCUCUGGUUGCCCUCCUCCCGCUGCUUGCAAAUGCUCAGAUUAUACCCAUUACACUGCGGGAGAGUCCGUCCUACAAUCAUGACUUUGAGUUUCCACUUCCCAUCAUGCCCGUCAAACAGCCAUUGACCACCUACACAAACCCCAAAACUGGUGUGCAAGUGGACUUUUAUGAAAUCAAGAUCAAAGAGACUACCAAGAACCUCUUCCCUGAUCUUGGUGAUGCCACUCUCAUAGGCUACGACGGGCAAAUCCCCGGGCCGACCUUUCGUGUUCCAAAAGGGAGGGAAACGGUGAUCCGUUUUGUGAACGAGUACUACCGUAGAUCGGCUAUUCAUCUACACGGCUCCUAUAGUCGGGCUCCAUUUGACGGGUGGGCCGAGGACACGAUUUUGCCUGGGCAGUAUAAAGAUUACUACUACCCCAAUACCCAGUCUGCCAGGACUCUAUGGUACCAUGACCAUGCAAUGGGCAUCACCGCACUCAAUGCCUACUCCGGCCAAGCCGGCUUCUACAUCCUUGAGGACGCUGCACUCGAGGCCAGCCUCGACCUUCCACGGGGAUCUUAUGACAUCCCGCUCAUGCUUAACUCCAAACGCUACACCUCCACGGGCAACAUCACCAACGAGAGUGCCGAGACAAUUAGCACCUAUGGUGAUACCCCGUCCGUCAAUGGCCAGAUCCUCCCCCAUUUUGUUGUUGAGCCGCGGAAAUACCGAUUCCGCGUGCUGAACGCCGCGGCGAGCAGGACGUUUAAUCUGACGCUCAAUGUGGACGCGACGAGGGAGAAUAAGAAGUUCCAUGUGGUGGGAAGUGAUUCCGGGUUUAUGUCGAAGUCUGUCGAGACGGAGUCGUUGGUCGUUGCUAUGGCUGAGAGAUGGGAGAUCGUAAUCGAUUUUGCAAACCUCGCGGGACAAAACAUGACGUUGAAGCAGAGCAAUUGCUUUAUUGACACUAACUAUGCCGGCUACGACAAGGUCAUGCAGUUCCGCGUCGGGAAUGCUGUAACCUCCGAGGUUGGUAAUGGCCCGCUGCCUGACAAGCUUGUUGACUUGGAUUUGCCGGCACCGAAGACGCAACUGGAUCAAAAUUUUGUCUUUGGAAGGGUCAGGGGGGACUGGACGAUUAACUCUGUUACGUUCUCAAAUGUCAAGAAUCGGAUCCUGAGGAACGUACCGAGAGGAACAACAGAGAUGUGGCGACUACAGGGCGGUGGCGGGUGGUCGCAUCCGGUGCAUAUCCAUCUCGUUGACUUCCAAAUCUUGUCCCGACGGAAGGCGACGCAGAACAGUGCAUUUGGGCGAACAGAGGUCACGCCGUAUGAGGCGGCAGCGCUGAAGGAUGUGAUUGUACUGGGGAAUAACGAGGCGGUGACUGUGUUGGCGAAAUACGCUCCAUGGGAUGGUGUCUACAUGUUCCAUUGCCACAACCUCGUUCAUGAAGAUCACGACAUGAUGGGCGCCUUCAAUGUCACCGCCCUCUCCGACUUUAACUACCCCGAAACCACCCGCUUCAUCGACCCCAUGGAGCCCCGUUUCCGCGCAAAACCCUACAACGGCUUCACCGUCGCCGAGGCCAACAGCGCACUAGAGUUCUUUUCAAGCUUGAACGCCUACACAGACGCAGACGGUAUCGAAAACGCACUCGACCAGUAUUGGGCCAAGAAGGCGUCAGCGCCGUAA